AUGACGUCCUCUAUGCUACGCCGACAAUUGAAGAACCUCGUUCAAAACUUCUCUGAGGCUGAGGUCAAGGUGAGGGAGGCCACCUCCAACGACCCAUGGGGCCCCUCUAGCUCGCAGAUGGCCGACAUCUCGGACCUCACCUACAAUGUGGUGGCCUGCAAUGAGAUCAUGACCAUGCUGUGGAAACGCCUCAAAGAUGACAAGAACUGGAGGCACAUCUACAAGUCAUUGACUCUGCUGGAGAACCUGUUAAAGACGGGCUCAGACCGCGUUCUGAAUACGAUGCAGGACAACGUCUACAUUGUGAAAGCGCUAACAGAGUUCCGUUUCCAGGACAAGGAUGGGAAAGAUCAGGGGGUGAACGUGAGGGAGAAGGCCAAGGUAGUACUGGUUCUUAUGGAGGACGACGAGAAACUAAAGGAAGAGCGAGAGUUUGCACUCAAGACCAGAGACAAGAUCUCAAAGAACGCCACUGCCUCCUCGGAUGACCCCAAGGACCCCAAGGACCCAAACUACAAGCCAGUGUAUGUCCCAGGAGCCACCGGGCUCCCCUCCCUAGCCAACAUCCCGUCUGUGGCUGAUCUCGCCGCCAGCUUUGAGGCCAAGAAGCAAGAAAAACUGAGACUAGAGGCCCAGAAAAAAGAGGAGGAACGAAGGUCAAAGAUGAACAAGGAAGAGCUUGAAUGGGAGGAUGCCGCCAAAGCAGGCAAGCCUACGGUUGCUGACGCCUUUGGCGGGGCAGAUGAGCCAUCAGAGGAGGAUGCAUGGGGCGCAGCAUCCAAAGCACCCGCUCCUGAUCCUUGGGGGGGUGCGCCCAAAGCUCCAUCCGAGGAUGCAUGGGGUGGAACAUCCAAAGCUCCAUCCGAGGAUGCAUGGGAUGAUCCAGUUUUAGCACCAUCCAAUACACAAAAAGGUGGUUCUGAUCCAUUUGGGGUACCAAAAGAUGAUCCAUUUUCAGCACCAUCCAAUACACCAAAAGGUGGUUCUGAUCUGUUUGGGGCACCAAAAGAGGAUACAUUUUCAGCACCAUCCAAUACACCAAAAGGUGGUUCUGAUCUGUUUGGGGCACCAAAAGAGGAUACAUUUUCAGCACCAUCCAAUACACCAAAAGGUGGUUCUGAUCUGUUUGGGGCACCAAAAGAGGAUACAUUUUCAGCACCAUCCAAUACACCAAAAGGUGGUUCAGAUCCCUUUGGGGCACCAAAAUACGAUUCUGAUCCUUUUGGGGGCCCAUUGAAUGACCCAACGAAGGGUGCUGAUCCUUUUAGGGCACCAUCCAGUCCAAAAACCGAGGCUUCAGACACGUGGGGUGCUCCAUCCAAUCCACUGUCUGAAAAGAAGGCUGAUCCCUGGGGAGACGAGGGGACCACAGAUCCAUUUGGCGAUGGCUCGAAGGCUGAUGAUGACGCAUGGGGACCAACAGCAUUGACUCCGCCCACCGCCAGUGACCCUUGGGGUGCACCUGCAACUCCCACCGACACAGCAUCCACAGACGACCCCUGGGGAGAUGGAGGGGCUUCCACCACUACAGGCGCUAUGAACUCUGACCCAUGGGGAGCUCCAAGUAAUGGCACAGACAGUGGAGCCACAGCGGACGAAGACAACAAAUCGCCAGCUUCCUUCCAUGGUGCCGGCGUUUUGCUCGUGGACGUGGGCUCAGUCCUUUCCCCCAAACCCAAACAACCCCCCCCCCUCGCCAAGUAA